UGCACAAUGCGUUUGGAUGGGACACCUGAAACUGAAGGCGCUUUGAGAGGAUUAUUAAACCUAAACUACCUUAAUUAAGGAAGCCAACUAGGAAACACUUUCUUCCCCACUCUAGCUCUAAUUUCAUGUUUCCAUAAUAUUUAUAUUUCAGAUUCCGGAUGGCCUACAGUAAUAGAACUUCAAUUUUUAAAAAGAAAGAUGACCCUGAUCAGGUGUUAUUACGAAAGUGCAUUCAAAGCUUGGACAGGAAAAAGUCAAAGUUCAAUGUGAAGCAGGCAAUAUAUAAUGAGAUAUACUCAGAUUCAAAGAAACCAUCUAAAUCUGUCAUGCAAGUUCUUAGGGAGAAUAAUGACCCUGAAACUCUUAAGAAGGAGAUGGAUCUUUUCAAUAAUUUCGAGUUCCCGAAAGAUGUGAGAAUCACUUCAAAUGUUCUUGAAAUGCAUCCUCAGAUUCUGAGGGAUAAGUUAAGAAUCAACAAGGUGAUUCACAAGCAUUUUGAUCCUUCUCUUUAUGAGCGGGAGAACAUUAAGGCAAUAAGACAAAUUAUGAAGCUUGAUAGAUCCCAAAGUAGCCAAGAAGCUGAAAGUCUCUACAAGCCAUAUGCUAAAGAGGACAAAGGUGUCAGAGCAAUCCUUGAGAAGAGACGGCAAGGGAAAAGAAAGAGCCCAAAGCAUAGCUAUGACAGCAAAAGGGAGCCUCCUCUUGGAAAACUUAUCCUUAAUGAUUUCAAGACGAUGCUGGAAAAAGAUGAAAAUAUUGAAGAUACAAGGACUUAUUUAGAAAGAAAGAAUAAAGUCACAGAUAUUAUGGAUGAUUAUUACUCAAGACAUAUAUAUAAAGGUAUACAUAAGCCAGACCAUCUCUUCAUGUUCAAGGCUAAACCCUUAAUUCCUCAAGGAAGGAUCCUUCUUGAGCGAGAGAGAAAGAAAGAUAAAAGCAAAUGAAAAGGACCAAAGAUUAGAGUAGGAGACUCAGAAGUUUCUCUACUGUCACCUAUAAAGGGAGAAGGAGGGAAAUUUAACUUUGAUGAAUUUGAAGUAGAGAAUAUUCUGGCAAAUGAUAAAACCAAGGAUACUGACCAAUUCAAGAAUGACAGAAUGAGAAAGAAUAGUGCUAUUUUUAUCACACAGAAUCAUCAUCAAAAAUAGCAAUGGGGACAUAACAGAUGUAUUGAACACUAGCCCGAAAGUUUCAAACUUGCAGAAAUCGAUAGAGAUGCUCAAAAGCUCUCAAAAUGGAAGACCAAGAAAUGCAAGAGGAUCGGAUGAUUUAGAAUAUUCUCCUAAACUUCCAAAUUUAAAAAGAAAAAUAAAGCAUCAGACAUUAAGAAAGAAGAGCCAAGAAAGACCAGUGAAAUUAAAUUCUAUCAAUACUAGCUCGGCCAAUGCAAGGAUUUCACCUCAAAUCCAAAUUCCAAGCUUAAAACACCCAGUCUCUCCAUCUAAACCUAAAACAACCACCCUCCCUAAAAACCCUCAACUAAGCCUCCACCAAAAGCUCUUAGACAUCGCGAAAAAUGACCCUUCUCCACCCUCUACUUCCUCUAAAUACCCAGCCCACAAGAACAUCAGUAACAAAUAACUUCUCAAAGCGUAUGGACUCCAUCUCAGACACCAUUGACAAGCUCAAAGGAGCCAUUGAAACCUACGAAGAGCACCUCAACGCAAACGUCUUCAAGAAGAACAUCACCUUUGAAGAGAUCAAGGAGGACAACGAACAGGCUAGAGUCAGAAAUAUAGACAACUUCUUAAACCCAGACUCUAUUGAUAAAUUCAAGAAUGAGAACUUCUUGAAUUCCCUGUAUUUAAGCCACAUGCAAGCCAAAUCUGUGUGGAAGCCAGACAAGUUCAAACUGGCUGACCGCCUGGUCUAUAAUAUUCAGCAAAAUCAGUAAAUUAUAUAGUGGGAUCAGCUUAAAGUGCAUUGGAUGGAC